GCUAUUGCGAGCGUCGCGACGAUCGCGCCCCUUGAGCCAUGGGAGGCCAGCGCGCCGGCGCAACUGCACUACGUUGCGGCGAUCCUCUUCCGCGAUGCUGCGCAGGAUGAAAUGUCCACGGUCGGCGCCGGGAAGGGUCUGGAAGCGCGGCGGCAAGCCGUUCUGGAUUGGGAGCCAGAGGUCGGGGCGCCAGAUUGGGAGCCAGAGGUCGGGGCGCCCAAG